AUGGCAAAGGUAGCGGUGUCAUUCCUAUUAUUCCAUAUGCUUUAUUGGGCCAGUAGCAACACGCUCGUUUUCCAGCCGUCCUCCAUCAUUGCUACAGGACCGAGAAUCACUGCUCUUUUACUCGGAAACUUAAAAGAUGUGUCACUGAAUGUGCGCACCGUGUUUACAUCUAAUUUAACAGGAAGCAUUGAGCCUCCAUCGUGUGAACCUGAGGAAACUCAGUGGAUUGUCACAAAGCAACUGGUUGGGACGAAUGCUCUCCAAGUUAAUCUACAACUAAAUAAAAGUCUGCAUUUCUGUGGUGAAAACGAAACUGAUUGCUGUCCAGAGCCCCUGUGUGUUCUUGAGAGCCUCCAGGUAUCCGCCUGCGUGGAGAACACACCUAAGACAUCAUUACUGAUCCAGGCCAAGAUUCAUGCUCAUUUGAUAACUACCUUUCCCGGAUCUGAUAAUCAAACAGUCAUCCCAAACCAAGUGUAUGAGCCUCUGGGCUCCUGUCCUUGUGACCUCACUGCUGGAAUAUGUGAUAUCCGAUGCUGUUGUGACAAGGACUGUUCAAGUGAAGAAUUGAAGCUGUUUAAGUCUCACUGUUUCCUGGGACCCUUUGGUGGGCAACUCCCUCCUGUUCCAGACUAUCAUUGUUCUGCACAGAGAGAGGACUCUCCAGAUUGGUUUCCAUUUCUGUGUGUCAUCUCCCCACCUGAGAACAACCCAUACUUGGGGCACUUUUAUCAUGGAGACACAAUUGCAGCAAAGCCUCACCCCUCCUUCCAAAAGCCUGUUUUGUCUGCGCCGGUUUUUAACAUUUACAAACAAGGAAAUCCUAUUUUUACUUCGGAUGAUCAGUUGUUCACCAUUCCGCAGAUGGUCAAUGGACACUGUCUAAACAAUGCUCCUGUUGCCUUUUUGGAGAAUUUUAGUUUCCAAUGUGUAACCGUGCUGAGCUCUUGUCCAAAUGAUUUCCCUUUACAAACACUUCCUUCCGACUUGAGCAUUCACGUAAACAAUGGGGUAGGGGGGGAUGUCACAGUAGUUGUGACGAAUGAAGUGGUAAAGGAUUUGAAUCAUUUCCUUACAAAUGCAGCUUUUGAAUCCGAUUCAGAUAUGGAGCACGUAUGUGACAAUGUGACCUUGGCUUUGGAUUACACAUUCAUCUGGAAAGGAAACAACAUCACAAAUAUCAACCUUAGACACUCUGUUGGGAAAUUAACUUUUAAAGGAAGUGUGGAGUUAACAACAAGAUAUUCUGCUGUUUUCGUGACAAGAGAACCUGUAGGAGAAUCCAACUCAGGGAAUCCAGGUUAUCAAUUGGGAAGACCUGUCAUUGCUGGUAUUGAGAACACACAACAUAAUUUCUCUGUGCAGAGGACAUCAAUCAACCUCUGGAAACCAGUGCGCAAUGGGCUGUGUCUCACUGCUGAGAAACAACCAGUUAUGUUUGCCGAAAAUUCCACAUCAGGAUGUCAAUUAUUUGUCAGCCUACAAAACCUGACCCAGUGUGAUCUCCUCAGAGAGACUGUUGGGUCCCUGCAGGCAACCUUGGUCACAGCUACAUAUGUUGCAAAAAGUGGAAACCCAAAUUCUGAAAUCGAAGAAGACUGGGUCAAAAUACAAUUUGAAAACUCACCCAAUGCAUUAGGAGAUGACGAAGGUUCAUGCAGUGGAAUUCCAUCCCAUACCCAUAUUCACAUUUGGAGUUUUGUUGCUGAAAUGACUGAAGGAAAUGCACAAAGGAAGAUUCAAGCUAUACAAGUCCGGUCCACACUGUCGACUUGGACAUUUGACUGUGCAGGAUGUGAUGUAUGUGAAGAUCCCACAGAGGCCCAGUUGUUUCAUAUCACAUCAUCCGUUACCUUUAGUGACAUUCCUAUACAUACUGGACCACCAAAAACCAGGUUCCAGAUAAACUUCACUGAGUAUGAUUGUGAUAAAAAUGAUGUAUGCUGGCCUCAACUGGCCUUCCCUUUGACCAAAUAUUACACUGGUGAGCCACAUUCCCAGUCAUUGGCUAAAGGCCUAAUCUUAGUCUUCUUUUUCAUCGCUGCUUCAGUUCUUGGUACUCCCUGGAGGCAAAUUCGGCAGGCUUGGAAUAGUUCUCUGUAA